AUGGAUACUGAAACACCAUCAAAGGUAGCAGCCAGUGCUUUGUCUGAUUUAGAGAUCAAGGACGGUCAAGCUAAUUUAGGUAAAACUUUAGAGGCUUUAAAAGAAAAUAAAUAUGAUAAGGAAGCUUUUGAAUUGAGAUUGAGUAAAGCUGCCGAAGAACAUAGAGAGUUCAUGGCUAAACAUAGAGUCCAACGUCAUGAAUUGAAGGAAAAGGAAACUGAAGAACCUCUAUUAGUCGCUGACCCAAAUAGAAAAAUACUUUUCCCAAUUCAAUACCCUGACAUUUAUGAAGCUUAUAAGAGAGCUGAAGCCUCAUUUUGGACAGCUGAAGAAAUCGAUUUGUCCAAGGACUUGCACGAUUGGAAUAAUAGAAUGAACGAAAAUGAAAGAUUCUUUAUUUCAAGAGUCUUGGCUUUCUUCGCUGCUUCAGAUGGUAUUGUUAACGAAAACUUAACUGAAAACUUCUCUGUGGAGGCUCAAAUCUUGGAAGCUAAAUGUUUCUACGGUUUCCAAAUUAUGAUCGAAAAUAUCCAUUCAGAAACUUACUCUUUACUGAUCGACACCUACAUUAAAGACCCAAAGGAAAGUCAAUAUCUAUUCAAUGCUAUUGAGACUAUCCCACAAAUUAAAGAAAAAGCUGAAUGGGCUUUGAGAUGGAUCAACGAUAGUGAAGCUUUAUUUGCUGAAAGAUUGGUAGCAUUUGCUGCUAUCGAAGGUGUUUUCUUCUCUGGUUCUUUUGCCUCCAUCUUUUGGUUAAAGAAGAGAGGUUUGAUGCCAGGUUUGACUUUUUCAAAUGAACUGAUCUGUAGAGAUGAAGGUUUACAUACCGAUUUUGCCUGUCUAUUAUUCUCCCACAUCAAAAACAAACCAGACCCUGCUAUCGUCGAAAAGAUUGUCACCGAAGCUGUCGAAAUCGAAAAGAGAUACUUCACAGAUGCCUUACCAGUAGCAUUGCUAGGUAUGAAUGCUGACUUAAUGAACCAAUAUGUCGAAUUUGUUGCUGAUAGAUUAUUAGUGGCAUUCGGUAACGAAAAGGUUUUCAAAGUUGAAAAUCCAUUCGAUUUUAUGGAAAAUAUUUCAUUAGCUGGUAAGACAAAUUUCUUUGAAAAAAGAGUUUCCGAUUACCAAAAAGCCAGUGUUAUAGCAAAAUCUAGUAAUACUGAAGUUGAAACUGGUGCAUUGGCAUUGGAUGAAGAUUUUUAA